CUAAACUCAAAUACCAAAUCUUUCAAUCACCUUCUUCUUCCUUCACUAAGUUGUCUCUCUCUCUCUCUCUCUCUCUCUCUGAAUCAUAUCUCUCACUCAUCCACCACCCAAGAAACAAUGAACACCAACGACCCGGAUCCGCUUCCUUUAGGCAGACGCGGAGACGACUUCUCCGGUUCCAAAACGUACGCCAUGAGCGGCAAAAUCAUGCUUAGCGCAAUUGUCAUCCUCUUCUUCGUCGUCAUUUUAAUGGUCUUCCUUCAUCUCUACGCCCGUUGGUAUCUCCUCCGUGCUCGUCGACGUCAUCUCCGUCGUCGUAGCCGUAACCGCCGCGCUACUACUAUGGUUUUCUUCACCGCUGAUCCUUCCGCCGCCGCUGCUGCGUCUUCCGUCGUCGCUUCACGCGGACUCGAUCCUAACGUCAUUAAAUCUCUCCCCGUUUUUACGUUUUCCGACGAGACUCAUAGUAAAGACCCAAUCGAAUGCGCCGUUUGUUUGUCGGACUUCGAAGAGAGCGAAACGGGUCGGGUUUUGCCCAAUUGCAAACACACGUUUCAUGUUGAUUGUAUCGAUAUGUGGUUUCAUUCUCAUUCCACUUGUCCUCUUUGUCGCUCUCUCGUUGAGCCUCUCUCCGAGAAUGAAUUGACGGCGGCGGCGGAGGAGCAAGUUGUGAUUGCGAUUGAUUCUGUCCCGGUUUUGGUAACCGAACCGGGUUCUAGCUCCGGGUUGAGGUGCGAGCCAAGUGGAUCUAGUUCUUCUCCGACGCCGGUGGAUAAUUCCGGGAGCAAACCGGCGGCGAUUACGGUUCCGAGGAGGAACUUCAGCGAGUUAGAAGACGAGUUGACUCGGAGAGAAUCGCCGGCGAGUCAAUCGUUUAGAUCGCCGAUGAGUCGGAUGUUAUCUUUCACUAGGAUGCUGAGUAGAGAUAGAAGAAGCGCUUCGUCUCCUAUUUCAGGAGCUCCGCCGGUAUCUCCGUCGUUGAGCUGCCGGAUACCGGUGACAGAGUCGGAUAUCGAGCGGGGUGUAGAGGAGACUCGCUGACUUGCUACGUGGUGGUGUGUGAUUGGUUCCUGAUUUUCACCGUGAGUAGAAAGUUAAAAAAGUUAUUAUUACCAACAAACAAGUAAUGUGAAAAGUCAAACAGGCUUUUGUCUAGGUGUUGAAAGUUUCAGCGCAAGUGGAGACACGUGGCGUAAUCUUAGCUUCCAGCGAAUCAAUAUCCACCGUCUAUUAUAAUUAGAUUAGAUAGAUUUGUUUUGACGAUGUACAAAAGUCCUCAGCCGUCUCAACGUAUUAAUCAAUUUACAUUUAUUAUUAUUUUUCCCAUCUCUUUACACUCUUUUGUAAUACUGCCACCAAUUCAAUUCAGUGGUCAUAAUGUUAUAAACUCAUAAUUAUAAUUGAAACUCAUACUUAAUACAA